CUUACAUACAGCCCGGUGAGAUAAUCCUCGCCAGAUCAAGGUACUGAGGUGGACGAGCUGAAGAUGACCCUUAUCGCGCAAAGACACCCAAGACACGCUACUGACGUACAGAACGCACCAGUGCCUGCGCCAGUCCCAACGCCAAACGCCAGCGGCAACGCCAAACCAGUACACGCCAAUGCCAACGCCGGCACCGCCAGCAUGGGAUUUUUCAUUCCUGUUUUCUCUUCUUCUUCUUCCCCCUCCUCCCUCUGAGCUGCCGUCUCUUUCAGACUUUCUCUUUUUCAGCUCCGCCUCCUGCAUUUGAUGUCCAGUGCUCAUCACGUCGUUUCUUUGAGGAGGCUUUUUUGUGUUUAAACCAUCCAUUGUCACUCGUUUUCCCAGCUCUUUUCCGCCGACAGCCCUGCAUCCAUCACAAUCAGAAUAUCCCUACCUUAAUUCUGCCACUCUCCACACUCGCUCACUCGGAAUACACAGUACCUCAAUCGACAAAGACGAAACGCAGGGAGCAAGAUUGCAUCUAUUGUCCAACGUUGCAAACCACAUCGAUACUCGAGUACCGUCGUCAAUUCAAAGCCCGACACACUCGAAAUAGCAAACGACAGCCCUUGCAAUACCCGUCGUCGCUUUUGCCUCCAAGGGCCACCCAAAUCCAUUCGACCCGGACCGCCCGGCCCCCCAGUCGCUGUUCAACCGGGUCUCACCCACUCGAGAGCCUCAACCUUGAACCCGCCCACCAUGCUCUCCACAUUCCUCCUCGCCCUGCUGCCCCUCGUGGCAGCAACAUCCUCCUCGAAACGCGGCCUCGUCUUCACUCCGAAUUCCAAUUGGCCUCAGGACAAUCAAGUAUGGGUUCAAUCAGGGUCCGAUCUGACAUGGUACUACAACUACCAGGAAAUCCCAAGCCCGGCCUUCUCGGGCAAGACCCAGGCCGAGUUCGAGUUCGUCCCCAUGAUGUGGGGUGUCUCAUCGAACCCCCAAGACACGACAUUCCUGAAGAGCGUGACGAGCUUGAUCAAAGACAAAGGCAUCAACAUCACCCACGCCCUAGGCUUCAAUGAACCUGAUGGUCCCUCAUCCUAUGGCGGCAGUGAUGUUGCCCCUUCUAUUGCCGCCAAGGCCUGGGUCGCCAACUUCAUUCCUCUCCAAGAGCUCGGCGUCAAGGUCGGUCUUCCCGCCUGCACCGGCGCUCCGGGCGGUUUGCCCUGGUUGAAGCAGUUCCUGGGCAACUGCUCCGCGCUCAUUAGCACCGACGGAGAGACCAAGAACUGCACAUACGACUUCCUCCCCGUCCAUUGGUACGACAACUUUGGAGGCCUGGCGAGUCACAUUGGCGAACGUGUUGCAGCGUUCCCCGACACCAAGAUCUGGAUCACCGAAUAUGCCUACGCCAACCAAGAGCUCUCCGCGACCCAGGACUUUUACAACAUGAGCGCAGAGUACUUUGACCGCAUCGACUACAUUGAGCGGUACACGUACUUUGGUGCUUUCCGCUCCAAGACGAGCAACGUUGGCCCUAACGCCUCCUUUUUGAACAACGACGGCAAGUUGACAGACAUUGGCUCAUGGUACCUCGGCAAGAGUGCCACGGGCGUGAAGCCGACGUCCGGUGACAGUAGCGCCGCCGUUCGUGGAGGCGCACCGGUGCUCACUGCGAUGGCGGCCACUAUCCUCGGUGCCGUCUUCACUCUCGCCUCAUGAACAACACGGCAACAUAACAUGUAGAUUUGGUCCUCCUCAACACGAGACGUAAGGGUCUGACGAUGUCAUCAUGAUCUUAUGCGAUGUAGGGCAGGGAUAUAGACCACCCCCAGGAACAUAUUCACCACAUAGACGGAGCCAGGAGAAUACCGCCUGGUCAUUCUUUUUUCACAUAUUUGUAAGGUUUUUUCUUUCAUCAAGUUAUAGAACGCGGAUUAGAGGGAUAAAGAGCGGCGAAAAGCUGUCGCCUUGAGCCCAGAAGACAUUUUGGACAUGUCCAUGGAACGAAUACAUUUGACGACGUUAACAAAAUCUG